AUGCAGGGACUCGGAGAGCUUAUCGAGCUCCUGCUUGCGGACCUCGAGUCCCUGGCUGCGAGACUCGAGCUCGGAUCGCUGGGCCGCAAGGCUGGCCUCCUCUUUGGCAAUAGCCUUCUCCCGCAGCACCAGGGCUUUCUCCCGUCCCGCCGCCACGAGCUCCCGGUACUAGAAGUCAGCAGACAAGCUACUACUCUUCAAUCAUACUUGGAGCAAAGGGGAGCAAAGCUACCUGACGGGCAUAUAAUUGGAAGAGUUGUUCUGCCAAAUCCCAACUGCAGGCCUUCAUAUAAUAUAACUAUUCAACCAGAUGUUAUGUUGUAUGAUCAAUGGAAAGAUCUUAAGGCAGACUCAAAGGGUGGACUCUCAACAUGGUUUAAAGGUGCAUUUACUGGAAGCAAAAGUGACAUGCAAGAUUCAGUACUCCAGAACCUACAUUUUAUUCUUAGCACAUCACCUAUGUGGGACAGGUUGGAACUCAAAGGAGACAAAAAUGUUCUUGGUGAGUUCAUCGAGUUCAAAGGGAGGCAAGAGGACAUUCAACUUCUCAAAAAACUUAAGAGGUCAAAAGUCGGUCGAUUCAUCAUCCAGAAGUCAACUCUUUUUGGUGGUUUUGGUAGGUCACGGGUUCAAAUAUUGUAUUCUCCUCGUGAUUAUCGGGCUGAGGGGACUUCAUCUUCAGAAUGGAAAGAGAUUUCUGUGAAGCAAUACACAGAGAUUGUUUUCCAGCCAUUGCACUCCAAAAAAGUUCGGAAAUUCAAGUUCUCAAGUGUUGUUUCAGUCACACUUAGUGCCUAGCAAGCAGAAAUCUUAAGCUGCCGCUUUUCUGGUAUACUUCGUACUUCCUUUUCGGUGUAACUCACUGAAAUUAUGCUUCUCUGUUUCCACUUGUAAUUAUGUGUGAUAAUGUGGAGGAUAGUGACUUGGAGCGACGCCUCACUGAAUAAGCCUCGCAUUCCUGAUUC